AUGCCAGCGGCCGGGAUCUGCUCGCCAAUGGCGCUUUACGAAAAGGUCUUCGAUAACUCCUAUUUGGGCUCGAACCCAAGCCUAAAAUUGGCUGGUCCUUUCACACUAAAUGUUUCCGACUGUGCCGUCAAGUGUGCUGUUACUGCGACAUGCAAAGGAUUUGGCUACUCAAGCGGGGUAGGUCUACCAUUUGUCAUUUGA